UGGCGUUACCUGGGAAACGGGGCCUUCUCAGAGAGGCUGCCUGCGGGGAGCGGCUCGGCGGAGAAUUGACGCUGCACGGACCGGGACCGAGACCCCGACCCCUUACCCUGAGGGCGCUGCCUCCGCCCCCCUGGCCCUGAGUUCCUGAGCCUGGAGUCCCUGAGUUAGGCCUGGUAUUCAUCUAUCAACUGAACAGAGUUUAUGAGUCAACAUUAUGGCAUUGAGCCAUUCCAUUAAAGAACGAACAAUUGCAGAGAACAGCCUCAUCAUACUUCUCCAGGGGAUACAUAAUCACGUUACCACUGUGGAGCUUAGGGACGAGAGCUCCGUGAAGGGUCGCUUUGUGAACGUUGAUGCAUUCAUGAACAUCCGGCUAGCUGAGGUUACAUAUACUGACAGACAGGGCAGAGUGUCGAACUUGGAUGACUUCUUUGUGACUGGCAGAAAUGUACGUUAUGUUCACAUCCCAGAUGAGAUUGAUAUAAUUGAGACUGUUCAGAGCCAACUGCAGAAAAUCCACAAAGUGCGUAACUUUGGAGGGAAAGAUCGAGGGAGAAGAGAAUUUCCAUCAAAAAAGUAGCAAUGAUGUGCCAUCACAGCUCAGUGAUGCAUGUGGGACAUAAAGGAUAAUGUCAGAACCCGGUGAUGUUGGGGUUUGGACAGUACAGUAUUUGGAGUGUAUGAGGACUGGAUGGUAUAUGGCAAGUGUGGACAUCAGGAGUGGGUGGUGUUUGGGUGGGGAAUACGAGGACUGCAGUGUUUGAGAGACUGAUUAACAGGACUAAGUGGUGUGUGGAGGGGUGGAUACCAUGACUGGUGUUUGGGGUUUUGUGUGUGAAUAUAAUGACUGUGCGCUGUUUGCAGGUGCUGGAGGCUUGGUUAUCCAAACUUGAUAUUUUGGGGGGGAGGGGGAGGGGGAGGGGGAUGGUAUUGGGUAUCUGAACUGAUAGCUUUUUUUCAGGGUAAUUAGAUAGUCAAAUUAGGUGGUGUUUGAAGAGAGUGGAUAUCAGGGCUGGAGAAUGAGCAUCUGAUUUGGGGGUAUUGCAUGGGACUGGGGUUGAUAUCUGGACUCAGCGAUGUUUGGGGAGCGUGGUGAUCAGGAGUGAUUUGUGUUUAGGGUGUGGCUAUCAGGACAGUGUGAUGUUUGGGCACUGGACAUCAGGGCUCAGUGGAGUAUGGUGACUGAUCACUGUGGGUGUGGAUUUCCCUGCCCAAUUGGUCUGAUAUGCUUGGCAAGACUGGCUGCAAUCCUUAUUACCAUGUUGGAAGCUUCGCACUCCAGUGAGGAAUGGGUGGGCCAGUUGAAUUCCAGAGCAGUACUGAGAGGGAGCUGUGUUGUUGGAGUUACCAUCUUUGAAACAUCAUACCACAGUAUCAGCUGUUUCAGUGGUCAUUGUGCCAGUACAGCUCCCUUGGUAAUUUUGGAAGAAUGGAAAUUACUAGUUCCUGUACAGAUUCUACAUAAACAUUGAUUUUAUCUUGGAAUCUUGCUGUGUUGAACAGCUGCUACAUCCCACAACAGAUCAGUGACUUGCACUUCAAAUUCCAAGUAUUUCUUCAGAUGCAUUCUCAGUUAUCUUUGAGAUGUGGAAGGAUGAUGUACAAAUACAAUUGCUAUCACAAACAUUGCCGCUGUGUUUAUGUCUGUGCUCCUAAUAGGUGAUUGGAUAAUUGGGUGGAUUUCUUAAGAGCCAGUGCCACCAUGUCCAUGGUUUCUGUCUGCCUGUUGUGUAGGUCAGCAAGAUCCAUGUGUAUUUGAAACAAAUGCUGAUCAUAGUAGGUGGUGAUGGUAAGUAUUGUCACUGAUGUGUCACAUUUCCAAAUGGUGCAUUGUAUACAGAAUGAAUGGCAGAAGAACAUGCUCCCACAACCUGGUACUUACUCCAUUACAGUCACUACCAUUAUACUACAGACCAUUCACAUCCACACUGAUAAUUAAAUAUAACAAAAGUUUGUAUGAAUCUCUUCUUUUAAAAUUGAACCCCACUAAAAGUGAAUAUCAUGUCCAUGUGUCCCUCCCUUUCAGUCAUGUGGUAGAGAACCGAAUCCAGAGUUCAUGUUGGCAAGGACAGAAUCUUAAGUGUUUGUCCUAAGUGUGAACGUUUAAUUCAGCUGAUAGCAAGCACUGCUAACCCAAUGACUGUGCUGAGCAACCAUCAUAAUUCUGAAGUCACUGUAUAUACUUGUAUCUAAACACAAACUUGUAUCAAUUCUUUUCUCAUUCCCAAAAAGGGUGAUUCUGCUUGUAAAUACAUUCAGUGAUGACUUGGGUUCUGGAUAAUGUGGGACAGGAAGGUUGCCUUCUCACUGGAGGGAUAGGCAUCCUUCUCCAACCAGACUCUGAGUCAGUGUCUGGUUUUUAAGAGUAAAUCUUAUGUUGUAGGUGUUCACAAUAAGUUGGGUGCAUUUUCAGUUAGUGUAGAACUAGUCUUUCUUCGUCAUCCCUAAAUUGGUGACAAAACCAGUAUUUAUUGUUGAUUUCUAAUUUCCCUUGAGAAAGUGGUGGUCAGUUAGUGCAUUGACCUUGAGUUAGUUAUACUCCCGGUGCUAGUAGACCAUAAGAUAUAGGAGCAGAAUUAGGUCCUUUAGCCGAUUGAGUCUGCUGCACCAUUCUCACCUGCUCCUAACACCAAUUACUCUGUCUUAUUUAGCAGCAUAUAUUUGGAAAUCGAAUCACGUCCAUUAGCUCUUGUUACUAUCUCAAAUAAUUUUAACAGAUGUGUCAGGGAUGACUGCCCCUUGAAACCAGACUGACUCAGCCUUACUUUACCAUGCAUUCCAUUUACUCCGCAAUCUCAGCCUUAAUAAUGGGCUCUCAAAUCUUACCAACAACCGAGUUCAUGCUAACUGGUCUAUAGCUUCCUCCCUCUUCUUAAACGCGGGUGUUACAUUAGUUGUUUUCCAGUUUUUGGCACCCUCCCUGACUCCAGUGAUUCCUGAAAGAUCACUACCAAUACCUUUACAACAAUCUGCACUUGUUCUUCUAAGUGGUAGAUGUUGUAGGUUUGUGAGGUACUGCUGAAGGGAGAGUUAUAAGAGAACUGUGUGUUCUUACCACCCCAUCUUCCAGCGUGUUCUGUGACCUCCACUUCACCCGACUCUCCAAGCUCCAGCAGUCAUUUUCUCACCAUAGAUUCAACUUAUUACCACCUUUUCUGGCAAUGCUCCUUCCAAGGUACAUUCUUGCACAUUGACCUGCUCCUGUAUCUCUUAAAGUUUUAAUUUCUUUACCUACUCCUUGUGCAAGAGUAAACCUUAUCCACAUAAGUAAAUUCUUUUAAGAGAUCUAGUACUCUCUUAUUAACCAACCUCUGACCAGGCUCUUCAACUUCCACUGGGAUCUCCUUGACCACUUUAAUACACCCCACUGGUUUUUCUUGUUUUACCACAUCUAAUUUCUCAGUAGUUUUCUUAAAUCACCAACACUAACUUCAUAAAAAAAAUCAAAAGAACUAUAGAUGCUGGAAAUCAGAAACAAAAACAGAAAUUGCUGGAUAAAGCUCAGCAGGUCUGGCAGCAUCUGUGGAGAGAAAUCGGAGUUAAUGUUUCAGGUCCAUUGGCCCUUCUUCAGACCUGAUGGUAGCUAGGAAAGGGUUGUUUAUGCAGAAAAUAGGGUGGGGGAAGGGUGUAAGGAGUAAACGAUAGGUGGAGAUAGAGCCCAAAGAGAGAGAAGGGUGAAGAAAAUGCUGGAGGUUUAGAGAUAUUGAGGCUUUGGCCAGGAAUAAGAAGAAUGCAUACAUUAGGUUUAAGCUAUCAGGCUCAAGUGAAUCCCAAGAUAACUAUGAAAAGUAUAGGAGCGGACUUAAGAGGGAAAUCAGAGGAGCUAAAAGAGGGUAAGAGAUGGAUCUGGCAGUUAAGGUUAAAGAUAAUCCCAAGAGAUUCUGUAGUCACAUUGAGAGUAAAAGGAUGGCUAGGGAGAGAAUAGGCCCCCUUAAAGAUCAGCAUGGCUGUCUGUGUGGAGCCACAGGAGAUGGGGGAGACGUUUAAUGAAUAUUUCUCCUCUGUUUACUGAGGAGAGAAUCGGGGAUGCUAAGGAAAUAAAGGAAACAAGUGGGGAUGUUUUUGACUGCAAACAUAUUACCAGAGAGGAGGUGUUUGCAGCCUUACGGCGCAUUGAGGUGGAUAAAUCCUCUGGACCUCAUCAGGUCCAUCCUCAGAUGUUGUGGGAGGCUAGGGAAAAAAUCAUGGAGGCCCUUGCAGUAAUUUUUGCUUCAUCUUUAGCCACUGGUGAAGCUUUGGAAGACUGGAGAGUGGCUAAUGUUCCAUUGUUUAAGAACGCCAGGGAACUACAGGCCAGUGAGCCUGACAUCAGUGGUAGGCAAAUUGUUGGAGAGGGUAUUGGGGGACAGGAUCAACUAAUAUUUGGAUAGUCAAGGUCUGAUUAGGAAUAGUUAGCAGGGAUAUGUAUGCAGGAUGUCAGGUCUGACAAAUCUUUUAGAGAUUUUUGAAGAGGUAACCAAAGUGACAGAGAAGGGUAGGGCAGUGGAUGUUGUCUACAUGGACUUUAGUAAGGCCUUUGACAAGGUCCUACAUGGCAGGCUAGUCAUGAAGGUUAGGUCACGUGGGGAGAGCUAGCUAAUAGAAUUCAAAAUUGACUCUAUGGUAGGAAACAGAGGGUGAAGGUCAUUUCUCAGACUCGAGGCCUUAGACUAGCAGUGUGCUGGGGUCGGUGCUGGGACCUUUCUUACUUACAUUAAUGAUCAGGAUGUGAAUAUACUCGGCAUGAUUAGUAAUUUUGCAGAUGAUACAAAAUUAGGAGGUAUCACUGAUAGGUAAAAAGGUUUUUAGAUUAGAUUUACAGUGUGGAAACAGGCCCUUCGGCCCAACAAGUCCACACCGACCCGCCGAAGCGAAACCCACCCAUACCCCAACAUUUACCCCUUAUCAAACAUUACAGAGAGAUCUUGAUAAGAUGGGAAGUGGGCAAAUAGAAUUCUACAAAUACAAUUCACCCUACAGACAUAUAUAUAUGUGUGUGUGUGUGCAUGCAUGACUGAGAGAGUGUGUGUGAGUGUGAGUGCCUGUGAGUGUGUGUGAAAGCUUGGUAAAGUGUGUGUAUGUGUGGGAGUGAUAGAGUAUAAGCCUGUGAGAGGGUGUGUGCGAGGGGUGGGGGUGUAUGUGUGUGUUUAUAAGAGAAAGCGUGUGUAUGAGAGAAUCUGAGUGAAUGUGUGUGUGAGAAAGAGUGUAUAAUGUAGUGGGGUCACCUGUAGUGUGACAUAAUCCAAGGUUCCGGUUGAGACCCUCCUCUUGGUUACCGAACUUGGCCAUCAGCCUCUGCUCGACCACUUUGGUCUGUUGCCUAUUCCAAAUUCCGCCUUGUAGGAUGGUCACCGGAAGAUCCGAGGCCUAAUGUUCCUGACCACUGAAGUGUUCCCUGACUGGGAGGGAACACCCCUGUCUGAUGAUUGUUGUGCGGGUGACUUAAAAGACGUUCUAGGAUUUACAUAUGAAUGAAGUGAAACCUGCAACCCAUUCUAAAAGAUGAAACACUUAACAACAAUCCAGGGUUUUUCUAUAUAUCAUUUCAGUUGCAUGACACUGUAAUCUGUUGCUAUAAAUUGUGUCUUAUGAUCUACAACCACCUGAUAAAGGAGUAGCGCUCUGAAAGCUAGUGCUUCCAAA